AUUUAUACAUAUUCAACAUAUAUACACCUGGACUCUUAACAUACAUUUCUAUUGUAACAGCAAUUGUCUAACAUGACUUUCACAAUAUCAUAUAUUUUUUUAGUCUUGUUGCUAUUUCCCUUCCAAUAUUGUUCAUCUUCUGUAUCAUCUUUGAACAAGGGAUCUUCUCUCUCUGUAGAGAAACAUACAGAAGAUGUAAUUGUCUCUUCAAAUGGCACUUUCUCUGCUGGUUUUUAUCAAAUUGGUGAAAAUGCUUUUUCCUUCGCCAUAUGGUUCACCGAGCUGCAGAAUCAAAGUCACAACCCCGUCAAUAUUGUUUGGAUGGCAAACCGUGAACAACCGGUGAAUGGUAAAAACUCAAAGCUUUUCCUCUUAAACACAGGUAACAUCAUCUUGCUCGAUGCGGGUCAACAUAACACUUGGUCUUCAAACACGGCAUCAGAUGCUCCAUUAGAGUUGUAUCUUAGAGAAGAUGGGAAUCUUGUGUUACGUGAGCUUCAAGGACCUACCAUCUUGUGGCAAAGCUAUGAUUUCCCGACAAAUACUCUCCUUCCUAAUCAACCUCUCACUAGAUAUACAAACCUUGUUUCUUCAAGAAGCCAUAGUAAUCAUUCUUCUGGCUUUUAUAAGUUGUUCUUUGAUGAUAACAAUGUUAUUCGUCUCGAUUAUGAUGGUCCUGAUAUUUCAAGCACAUAUUGGCCACCAUCUUUUUUGUUAAGUUGGCAAGCUGGAAGGACCAAUUACAAUAGUACUAGAAUUGCUUUGUUGGAUUCUCUUGGAAAGUUCAUAUCAUCUGAUAAUUACUUUUUUUCCACAUAUGAUUAUGGUAUGGUUAUGCAAAGAAGAUUAACCUUGGAUUCUGAUGGUAAUAUUCGAGUUUACAGCCGAAAAAACUUGUUAGAAAAUUGGUAUGUUUCAUGGCAAGUCAUAUCUGACACCUGCAUCAUAGAUGGAAUUUGUGGUGCAAAUAGCGCUUGUAGCUAUGAUCCUAAAAAAGGUAAGAAAUGCUCUUGUUUGCCGGGGUAUAAAAUGAAGAACCAUAAUGAUUGGUCUUAUGGAUGUGAACCUACGUUUGAUUUUACUUGCAAUAAAAGUGAGUCUACCUUUUUCGAAUUGCAUGGUUUUGAGUUCUACGGCUAUGAUAGUAAUUUUGUUCAAAAUAGUACCUACGAAAAUUGUGAGAGUUUAUGUUUGCAAGCUUGCAACUGUACAGGAUUCCAAUACUCAUAUGAAGAGGACCAAAACAUCUUCCAAUGUUAUACAAAGCUACAAUUGCUAAAUGGGAGGCAUUCCCCAAGUUUUAUAGGCAAAACAUUCUUGAGACUUCCAAAAGGUAAUAACUUCUCUAAGGAAGAGUCUAUAAGUGUAACAGACAAUGUUUGUUUGCUUCAGCUUCACAAAGACUUUGUUGGAAAACAAACAAGUCAUUUGUUGAAGUUUUUUAUGUGGCUUUCAGUUACAGUUGGUGGCUUGGAAUUCUUUUUCUUUGUUGUGGUUUGUUGUUUUUUAAUCAAGACCGAGAAAAAGCCUAAUGGAGAUCGACAUAACUAUCAUCAUGCAUUAUUUGGAUUCAGAAGAUACAGUUACUCCGAGUUGAAGAUAGCAACAAAGAAUUUCAGUAAUGAGAUUGGAAGAGGUGGAGGAGGGAUUGUAUAUAGAGGUACAUUGCCAGAUGAAAGACAUGUAGCAAUAAAGAGAUUAAAUGAAGCUAAACAAGGAGAAGGAGAAUUUCUUGCCGAAGUAAGUAUCAUUGGACGGCUUAACCACAUGAACUUGAUAGAAAUGUGGGGAUAUUGUGCUGAAGGUAAGCAUAGACUUUUGGUAUAUGAGUACAUGGAAAAUGGAUCUUUAGCUGAAAAUCUUUCAUCUAAAACUAACACACUUGAUUGGAGUAAAAGGUAUGAUAUUGCUUUAGGAACAGCUAGAGUUCUUGCUUAUCUACAUGAAGAAUGUCUCGAAUGGAUAUUGCAUUGUGAUAUAAAGCCUCAAAAUAUACUUCUUGAUUCUAACUUUCAGCCCAAGUUAGCAGAUUUUGGAUUGUCUAAGCUGAAAAGCAGAAACAAUCUUAAUAAUAAUUCAGAAUUCUCAAUGAUUAGAGGAACAAGAGGAUAUAUGGCCCCUGAAUGGAUUUCCAAUUCACCAAUAACAUCUAAAGUGGAUGUUUAUAGUUAUGGGGUUGUUUUGUUGGAUAUGAUAACCGGAAAGAGUCCAACAAUGAUGAAUAUGGAAGGAGUUGAUGGAGAAGUGGCAUACAAUGGAAGGUUGAUAAAUUGGGUAAGAGAGAAAAAGAGGAGUAGAUGUUGGGUGGAAGAAAUUAUGGAUCCUAAAAUUGGAACUAAUUGUGAUUCAAGUAAGAUGGAAAUUUUGGCGAAAGUUGCUUUGGAGUGUGUAGAGGUAGAUAAAAAUAUUAGGCCUACUAUGAGUCAGGUGGUUGAGAAGCUUCAAAGAAAUGAAAUAGAUUCCUAGGUCUCUUAAUGAGUGAUGCAUGAUGUUGAAUUAGAUUCCUUCGUGUGCAAAUAAUCUUAUGUAUCAUCAACACCUUCAUUUUAUGAUUGAGACACUCUUAAUUUCCCUAAACUGAAUCAGUACCCUCAUUUUCUCACUAAAGCUCUCUUCCUAUCCCAUUACAAAUUUAUCACAUCUAUCAUAUCACCUUCUUUAUUUCUUUCUCUCGUAAGAUGUUGGACGUAUGUACAUAAAUAAUUUCGUUUAAAAUUUUCAUUUUUAGCAUACGUUAUGUAAUCGUUGAUUUUCUUGUGAUCAUAAUUUAUAAACUGUUUAUCUUGA